UGGUAUCAAUCCCUAGCAUUAUACAAAUAGAAAAGUUUCAUCCUACGGACAGAAGCACACAAUUUUAGGGUUGAGUAAAAUUGGAGGCCGUGUGUUGCCACGGCGGCGAAGCGUGAAGAAGCGGAAAACCUAGGCUAGGUAUGGAGGAGCUGAAGGAUCACCCUGGUCCGUCUAUUAUGGAUGAGCAUCAGCGGAAGAAAUUCCUUUUUUUAUGUUUCGGCGAGUAUUAUCCGGGCACUUCGCUUUCUUACUUGAUUCACGCCUUUGAUUUGGGGAAAAAUUGCAAUAUACUUCCAUUGGCAGAAUCUAGAAUAGUGGGUAAAAUAGGUCUGUCGAUUCCUGCAGUUAUGGGUUUUGGUGUUCGCGGCUCCAACAUCUUUUUGGUAGGCGGCAUUAAACCGAGUUUCAAUGGAUACGGCAAUUUCACACCAUAUCUGUGCAGAGAUGUUCUUGAGUUUGACACUAAGAAGUGCUUUAUGAUUCCACCCAAUUUAUCGGUUCCAUUCCGUCCAUUGAAUCCAACCCCUGUGAUGAGGCACCGUCCCCUUCAACAAGGGAAGAAUUACCCCCUGGUGGUGGAGCAUGACUCCAAAUUAUAUGUUCUCUCGUGCCGAAGUUUAAUGUCAACAUGUGGCGUACACUUCGCUCCUGGGUUCGAGAUGUUAGACCCAACAAAUGACAAAUGGGUGACUUUGCCUGAACCCCCAAUUUUCCACCGACGCUACCUUGGAAGAACCACCAAUUGUGUUGUUGUAGGCACUAAUAUCUUUGUGUCAUGUUUGUCUAGUAUCUUCCGCUUUGACAUGGCUGACACCAGUCAAAAAUGGAACGAGCACUUUUUUACAAACUGCAUUAGAUUGCCAUUCGACUUCGAUGGACGAAGUUUAGCUGUGAAAAUGAGGGAUGGGAAUUGGCUGAUUUUCACGUGUUACCCAGAAUUGUGUGAAGAGGCUGAUGAAUUCGAAGAUGACGCCUACUGCUGUUGCUAUGAGGACGACUGCUUCUUCCCUUCUGGUGUGGGUGAUUAUCCUCCUCAGGCUUAUCGUCAUUUUGAAUGGAAGCGUACAUCUUUGCCUACGUAUCUCAUGUCGAGUGACUUUACAUCACUCACACGGCUUCAACCUCUGUGCCUGCCUGAUGAUCUGUUACCUACUCAACCAGGGCUUGAACUAUUGCCUAUGUUCCGUGAUCUGUUCACUGCUAGAGCGCGUGAAAUAGAUUAUAGGAUCCUCCAUCUAGGAGGUCAUGAGAUAUGUCUUGUAUUGUCUGUCGACACUGGAUUUGAGUCCAAGGGCGGAGUUUUGAGGAAGAUGCCGAUUUUUGUGAUACGUUUCGAAUUUGAACUUUCUGACAGUAGAGAGUUGGUAACCAUCAAAACGGGGUCUUGUGGUGUUCAAUGUUUUCUACUCGAUGCGAACGGUCCAAGGGCAACUAAAGUCUCCAUGCAUGGUGCCUUUUGGCUGUAAACGUCUCUCAAAUGGUGCAGUUGUCAAUCUAAUUUUGGGGCAGUCUCAAAUGGUGUAUGAAAGUUUUGAUAGUGAUUUUGUGUGAGGAAUGAAGCAAUUUAAGUGCUUUGAGAUGCCUUUUUAUGCUUAUGUUACGAAAUGUGAAACUUAAUUUGCUUUCCAUGGAGACUCUAAGAUGUAAUAUUAUAAGAAUACUCUGAUCUUUUUACCUUGUUUUUUCAUUCAAUCGAUUUGGUAUUAGUUUUCAUUCUGAUGACUCUGUGCA